UUAUCUUCAUAUUUUCAUAACAUUAUUCUUCGACUUCGUAGUAGUCCUCUUAUGGAUUAUAAGACCUUUGUUAAUGGCCAUUGAAACCUUCGUUAUUUUGCUAUGUUAUGUGAUUCCCAAUACGUUUAUACGUGUAUAACUCGAGAUCCGUAUCGUUUUCGAAGUGCUUCAUCGUUUCGACCCUUCAACACUUAUCCAUAUUAUUUAUCUAACCCCAUUCGACAAAGACGAAGUUGCCCUCGAGGUAGGCCGAAGAACGUGACAUUCUCGAAACUAUUUUGCUGGAAAAGGUUAUAGAAUGAAAGAAGGAAGCCUCAGCGUAUUCAAGCUGUCGAGCAAUAGGUAGUUCUAGUUUUGUAGUAGUAGUCAUCGCGUCGUCGUAAGGGAAAGAUCGUACCACAAAGAAUUUACAUGUAGGAGUUUGAACAAUUUUUUCUAAGUUGACUUACCUAUCUCAUUUAUCGGUACAAUCGCAUUGUUUACGAAUACUUAGAAACUCGAAUGAUAAUAAAAAACGUUGAACAUGCAUAGAAUUAGUAAUGGUGAUGUUACAUUUUUCCCAACAACAAGUGUACAAAUUCAAUCAAGAGAACAGGAAGGAAGGAAAGAGAAUUAUUUCAUAGAGAAUAGAAAGUUUCGUAGAAGAGAGCUCGGUUGGAUCUCGAAGAAUGGCAGGAUUGACUCGUGACAUAGAACCUUUUUUACAAGCUUCGAGACUCUUCGGAUGUGGACCACACGUUAUAACCGAGGAAGAUAUUUUAAUUACGAGACGUGGCAUGAUAUACACGUUUUUAUGGAUGUCCAUAUAUUUGAGUACCUGUGUAAUCGGCCUCUAUUUAAUAAUCAUCGAUACUGAACUCGAGUACAAGAGCUUAUUAUUGACCUUUGCGAGAACAGGUUUAUCUUACAUUUGUCUCUUUACCGAUGCUAUUCUCUCGAUUACUUGGAAUUGGAAGAUUCAUGCUGCCUUCGCCCAAUUACGUAACUUCGAUCGCACCACGAGAUUUAACGAACGUCCAACUAAAAACAAUAACACUCGUCGCAAGUGCCAAGCUUUAGUUUUAAUUACUUUCUUGGUUUGGUUUGCCGUUGGGUAUACGAGCUACUGUUGCGAAGAAUCUGCGCCGAUGUUCAAUGGGAUUACUUAUGGGAUGGUAAACGCGGCGAUAUCGAUGCAGCUAUUGAAAUUUGUGGGAUUGUCUUUUCUCCUCUAUCAAAGAUUUCGAAAGCUCUGUGAGAUAUUGUUACUUCCUGAAGAUGGAAAGAUUAUGGUGUUGGAACGAGCGAGAAUGAAUUUUCGGUUGGAAGAAAUAUGGUGGUUACAUUGUUGUUUGUCAAACGCGACUCAAAUUAUAAAUUCGGUUUACGCGGCUCCACUUUUCUUUUGGAUCAUCAGUAUGUCUUUUAAUACUCUUUCAAGACUUUACACGAUCAAUGGACGUGACGAAUUGUCGACUUUGUUACUGGUACGAGAAUCCUUGUUGAUUUCUGCUUGUGUCGGGAAUCUUUUUCUGAUCAUAGCUAUUUGUCAUGCUACGGCAUCUCAGGCAAACGAUGUCGGAAAAAUUGCCUUUUCCCCACUUUCCUCAGUCAUCGGAAAACGAAAUUUCACUCAGGAUAACAUCGAGGCUGCGGCAUAUUUUCAGCUAAGGAAAGUCUAUUUUUUCGCUGCUGCCGGCUUGAUUCGCAUCGAUCUGUCUCUUCUUCUUUCCGUAAGACGAUACGAAGCUGAGAAAGUUAAUAUAACUCAGUUUUUUUUUUUACUGAAAAACAUAUACCUACAUAAUGUCAUAUUGUUUUUUCAUCCAUGAUCAAUAAAUAUAUCAUUUUACUUUCACAGAUAGCUUCAGGAAUAAUGACAUAUCUGGUGAUUCUACAUGCCAAUAACGUGUGAUCUCCUACAUCGAAGAUGAACUUCCACGUUGAU